AACCUGCACAGUACUGAAACAGUCGGGCGGAGCAACGGGCAGUUACCAGUACUAGUAGAGUCUUGACGCCGCCGGGCCAGGCGAUUCCCCGUCGCCUUUAUUCAUUCCCUCUUCCGUUGCCGGUGCUUCCGCGUCCUGUCUCUCCCGGCCAGCGAUCGGGAGGGUCGAGGAGGGAUGACCUCCCAUCCCCCCAACUCCGCCGAUGGCGAGGACCCCGCAGGGAAUAACGUGGAAUUGCCAUCCCUGCCCUUUCAUGUUGUUACUAAACCUGGUCAACUACCGGUCGAGUUUCUUGAGCCCUCUGCUGCCAAGAAAUUGGUGAUUGGAUUUGACUGCGAAGGUGUUGACCUUUGCCGCAAUGGUGCUCUCUGUAUCAUGCAGAUUGCAUUUCCUGAUGCUGUUUACUUGGUCGAUGCUAUUGAGGGUGGAAAAGAACUAGUUGAAGCUUGCAAACCAGCACUUGAGUCUGAUCAUGUCACCAAAGUUAUUCAUGACUGUAAAAGGGACAGUGAGGCAUUGUAUUUCCAGUUUGGCAUUAAAUUACAUAAUGUGAUGGAUACACAGAUAGCCUAUUCCCUGAUAGAAGAGCAGGAAGGUAAAAAGAGAGCAUAUGAUGUUUACAUAUCCUUCGUGAGCCUUCUUGCUGAUCCUCGCUAUUGUGGAAUGCCAUAUCCUGAAAAGGAAGAAGUCCGUACCCUUCUAAGGCAGGACCCAAAUUUCUGGAAAAAUAGGCCCUUGUCUGAAAUGAUGAUACGAGCAGCAACAGAUGAUGUGCGCUUCCUUCUCAAUAUACAUGAGAAAAUGAUGGAGAAGUUAAGCAAAGUAUCCUCAUGGCGUCUGGCAGUACGAAGUGAGCUAUACUGCAGGUGCUUUUGCAUAAAUGACAACCAGCAGGCAGAUUGGCCACCUCUUCCAACUGUCCCUGAUGACAUUGAAGCUGAAGUCCGUGUUCCUGAAGUGGAUAUCCUUUCGCUCUUAGAUGUGCCUCCUGGAAAAAUGGGACGCGUUAUUGGCAGAAAAGGAUCGUCAAUAAUGGCCGUGAAAGAAUCUUGCAAUGUUGAAAUCCAUAUCGGUGGUGCAAAGGGGCCUCCAGAUAGGGUAUUCAUCAUUGGACCAGUGAAGGAAGUCAGAAAGGCGGAGGCUAUCCUGAGGGGCCGAAUGCUGGAAUUUUAGAGAAAGGACUUUUGUGAUAUAUGCUUGAACUGCCCCAUCUUUUGAACACAAGGAAUACAGAAAUGCAUGUGGUACUCUACCUUGUAGAUCGCUGAUCCGUGACAAGAAUAAAAAUAAGAGUUGAAGGCA